CAUUAUCCUUUUCCCGCGCUGCGACAUAGGGAGAUUCCAAAACAAGUCGUUUAUUGAAGAGAUAGAGACUGAGGAGAGAGAAAGUGAAACACAAAAAAAUAAGAGAUCCCAAAACGCCGUUUAGAGGGUUUCUUCAACUCCAUUUCUAAGAAGGGUUUAGGUAGGAAUUUCAUGAGUCCAUCUGCUGUAAAAAUGGAGGAAUCAAAGCCUGCAAAUUCGAACUGUGAGAACGGUUGUGAAAUCGAAGCUCGAUUCACCGAACUCUGCAAGAAUCAGUUUUCCUUGGAUGACAUGGCUUUUUCGGAAGCCUUGAAACUCUUCACAGAAAGCAAAAGUAUUUUGUUGAAUAAUGUGUCUCCCAUAGGAAGCACAACGCCGGAGGAACUAGAGAGAUAUCUGUUUGCCUUUGUUCUCUACACCAGUAAGAGACUGGGUGAGAGAAGUACAGGUGAUGCCAGUACAGGUGAUGCCAGUGAAGGCGCUGAUCAUAGUGGAGUUACUUUGUGCCAGAUACUAAAAGCCGUGAAUUUGAACCUUGUGGAUUUCUUCAAAGAGCUUCCUCAGUUUGUUGUUAAGGUUGGCCCGAUUUUAAGCAACAUGUAUGGUGCAGAUUGGGAGAAGAGACUAGAAGCGAAGGAGUUGCAGGCAAAUUUUGUGCAUUUGAGCCUUUUAAGCAAGUACUACAAGCGAGCAUACCAAGAAUUUUUCAAAACAACAGCUGAUAAAGAGCCUGCUGAUGCAAACACUUCUUCCUCUGGUUGUGUUUCAGACUAUUACAGAUUUGGAUGGCUGCUGUUUCUGGCCCUUCGUGUCCAUGCAUUCAGCAGGUUUAAGGAUCUAGUAACCUGCACUAAUGGACUAGUCUCUGUAUUGGCUAUCUUGAUCGUUCACAUCCCUGUUCGUUUGAGGAACUUCAAUGUCCUUGACUCACCAUUAUUCGAAAAAAAAUCUGAUAGAGGUGUGAACCUGGUUGCAUCACUUUGCCAGAAAUAUGAUACAUCUGAAGAUGAGGUGAAGAAAAUGACGGAGAAAGCUAAUGAUUUAAUUUUAGAUAUUUUGAAGAAAAUGCCAUGUGCAGCAUCAAAAUGCAAAACUGAAAAUCUUGACCACUUUGACUCAGAUGAUUUGACAUACUUUGAAGAUCUGUUGGAAGACUCAUCACUUCCAACUUGUAUCAGCAUGUUAGAGAAAGACUAUGAUGCUGCAAUCUGGAACAAGGGUGAUAUAGAUGAAAGAGUCUUUAUUAAUGAGAAUGACAGCUUACUAGGCUCAGGGAGUCUUUCUGGUGGUGCUGUGAACAUAAGUGGUUCUAAGAGAAAAUUUGAUGCGUUGGCCUCUCCAACAAGAACAGUUACAAGUCCACUCUCGCCAGCUCGAUCACCUGCACGACUCGUUAAUGGGGCUCGCGGUGGUGUCAACAUAAGAAUAACAUCGACACCUGUAAGCACUGCAAUGACAACCGCCAAGUGGCUUCGUACUUUUAUUUCUCCGCUUCCAUCCAAACCGUCACCGCAGCUGGAGAAGUACUUUACAUCUUGUGAUAGGAAUAUAAGUAACGAGGUUGUUCGUAGGGCUCAUAUAAUUAUGGAGGCCAUUUUUCCCAAUAGUGCUCUUGGGGAGAGAUGUGUUGCUGGUAAUCUUCCAAAUUCCAACUUGACGGACAACAUAUGGGCACAACAAAGACGAUUGGAAGCUUUGAAGCUAUACUACAGGGUGUUGGAGGCUAUGUGCACAGCAGAGGCUCAGAUGCUGAAUGCUAAUAAUUUGACUUCUUUGCUAACAAAUGAAAGGUUCCACAGAUGCAUGCUUGCAUGUUCUGCAGAAUUGGUUUUGGCCACGCAUAAGACAGUGACAAUGUUGUUUCCAGCAGUAUUAGAGAAAACUGGGAUUACAGCUUUUGAUCUUAGCAAGGUUAUUGAAAGCUUCAUUAGACAUGAGGAUUCUCUUCCGAGAGAGCUUAGAAGGCAUUUGAACUCCUUGGAAGAAAGACUGUUGGAGAGCAUGGUUUGGGAAAAGGGUUCCUCAAUGUACAAUUCCUUGAUAAUUGCAAGACCAGCUCUGGCUGCAGAAAUUAAUCGUUUUGGAUUGCUGGCAGAGCCAAUGCCAUCCUUAGAUGCAAUUGCUGUACACAUUAACAUGUCUUCUGGAGGCUUACCACCUCUUCCAUCAUCACAUAAGCAUGAAAUGAUAGCAGGGCAAAAUGGAGAUAUUAGGUCUCCAAAGAGAGCUUGCACGGAGUAUCGCAGUGUGCUUGUAGAGCGAAACUCUUUUACAUCACCUGUGAAGGAUCGAUUGAUAAACAACCUCAAGCAGAAAUUAACUCCUCCUGCUUUGCAAUCUGCAUUUGCUAGCCCAACAAGGCUGAGUCCUGGGGGUGGAGGAGAAACAUGUGCAGAGACUGGGAUCAAUAUUUUUUUCAGCAAGAUUGUGAAGCUAGCUGCUGUCAGAAUCAAUGGUAUGAUUGAAAGGCUUGAAAAGCAAUCCCAGAAUCAGCAGUUGAGGGAGAGUGUGUAUUGCCUUUUCCAAAAAAUUCUGAAUCAGCGGACAUCACUUUUUUUUAGUCGCCACAUUGACCAGUUAAUCCUCUGUUCUUUCUACGGAGUUGCAAAGAUAUCUCAGUACCACCUUACGUUCAAAGAGAUUAUCUUGAACUACCGCAAGCAACCUCAAUGUAAACCACAAGUUUUUCGUAGUGUAUUUGUUGACUGGUCGUCCACACGCAGAAAUGGGAGACAGGGGCAGGAUCAUGUCGACAUUAUAACUUUUUACAACGAAGUAUUUAUUCCUUCUGUAAAGCCUCUUCUUGUUGAGCUGGGCCCUCAAGGAGUGUCCACGAGAACUGACCUGGUCCCCGAAAGUAAUAAUGACAAAGAUGGUCAAUGCCCUGGAUCACCGAAAUUAUCUACAUUCCCAAGUCUUCCUGACAUGUCCCCUAAGAAAGUUGCCAAAAACGUGUACGUCUCCCCAUUGCGGUCAUCCAAGAUGGACGCACUAAUUUCAAACAGCUCAAAGAGUUACUAUGCUUGUGUGGGGGAAAGCACUCAUGCUUAUCAAAGCCCUUCAAAAGAUUUGACAGCAAUUAAUGACCGUUUGAAUAGUACUCGCAGGGUUAGAGGAGCACUGAAUUUUGAUGCGGAUGUUGGCCUCGUAAGCGACUCUCUUGUGGCUAAUAGCCUUUACCUUCAGAAUGGAAGUUGUGCCACUACGUCAACGGUGGCUCCCUUGAAAAUGGAACAGCCUGAUUCUUAGUUCAGCGAUUGUAUAUGAUUGAUGUAAAUUCUACUGUCUCACACUUCCAUAACCAACCUUCUUUUUUCUUUCCUUCUGUAACUGAUUUAAGAGCAGACGGUGUAAAAGUGAGCGAGCAGUAUGUUUUUAGUGUAUCUGCCAUCACUUUCAGACGCUUGUGUAUCUAAUUUAUAUGCUAAUAAUGUUUUCAUGGUAGUGGUUUACAGAA